AUGACGGCUGCUUCAGCGCCAGGCAAGUCAGUUGACUGUCAGAGUUUCAAAAUCAGCGCCCUGAACCCGCGGCUCAUUCAGUCGCCCGUCUCCAACGAUCAAAACUGCUACCGCCAGAGCCACUGCUCGCACCUCAACUUGCGGCUCAAGACAUGCUGGAACUUGGAAGAUGAAGGAUUCAACAUGGACUACAAUACGUACAGCUUCAUCAACGAUGGUGGUGGCUGUGACAGUGAUAACUGCUAA